AUGUCUAAACGUAAGCGCGAGGAGCAACCAGGUGGAAUGAGACGAAGACAGGCCGUCGGCAAGUCCGCCGCUAGCAAUAAAGAAUCUACUACUACGUCCAGCAAACCGGCACCAACACCACAACGGACCAUGCAUCGAAGGGACGGACAUAUAACGAAGCGUACGAAUGAACCCAGGACGGGCAUGGCAGAGCCAGGUAACACUGUUUCGACUCGCGCGCAUGUCAGCGCUGCGGCCAGCAAGCCGACCACCUCCACCGGCACCAAACGCGUCGCACUCCGCCCACAUCCACCGCGCAGGUCUCAACCCUUACCUCCACUCCCCGCCUCAGUUGCCACGGCCACCAAUAACGUCAUCACCGCCCAAGCGUCCGUCUCGCGGAAAUCAGCCAGCUCGUCCUUCACGCCCAUCAACAGCACCGAGAUCUCAGCAAAGCGUCUUCAGCAUCUCCACGCCACGGCGACGCUUCUGCAGACGUUGUUCGUACGGAACCGCAACCAGCAUCGCGGGCAGAGCUGGUGGCGAUGGUUGGCGAUGUUGAGAAGGAGGGUUGGGGAGUUGGUGGGGGUUGAGGCGAAGCUUUGGCAGUCGAGGAUGGGCGAGGAGGGUACCGCGGCAGGGAUGGCAGGGACAGCGGUGGUGAGGCAAGCACAGCAAGCACGGCUACGCCUCGAGGAGGAGACGAAGCUUCUGCACGAGAAGGAUGUUCUCGAGAAGUGGUUGCGGGAGGUUCUGGUGCCGAAGGCAUGGGCUGCGUUCACGACGCUGGUUGUCGAUCAGCAGUUCGCGGGAUUGGGUUUGGUUUUGGUGGGCGUCGUUGCGGAUGUGGCUGGCUUCGUUGGGGCGUGUGUGGAAGGAGAGGUGGGUCUGGAGGAAAAGGAUGAGGGCGAGGUGGCAGGUCGGCAUAUGGGCUCGGACAGUAUGCUCGUUGAUUCUGCCGGAGAGGAUCUGGGUCAGGUCGUGCAACGAGCGACUACUACAGCAACGCCGAUGGCGAUGGCGGCUGGGCAUGAUACACAGCCUGAACUAGGUGACGAAUUUGAUGAGGAGGCAACAACACCAGUAUCGGAAGACGAGGUGCUGGACGAAUCUUUCGACGGCUUCUCGUCGCCGCCACGUUCAAUCACAGAACACGCCGUGCGAGUGCCGCCACUAGCGCCUCCAGGUCCAGACCGGCCAGACGCUGAAGCCCAGGACGUCGCAAGCACAGACGACGAGCAGCAAGAAGACACUGAUUCGGAGCCAACGGCUGCGGGUGAAGCGGAUGCAGUGAGGAUGGGAAGGAGCGCUGUGUUGGCGAGUCAAUCAAAGAAAGGGAUCUCGCAGCAAUCGACUACGACACGGCGAGCACAGUGGGACGCUGGGAGCUCAGGAAAGCAGACCAUCAAGAAGAAGCAGAAGAAGAAAGGGAAGAAGCGCAACGCGAUAGAUGACUUAUUCGCUGGCUUGGCUUGA